AGGACAAGUUAAGGGAACAGUGGAAUGAAGGUUCAUUUUUCAUUCUCACAAACCAAUGAAACCCUGCUUAUCUUAAACCAACCUGCUCACUGGAGUAGGGAGGAUAGGACCAGCAUAAAAGGGAGGGGAGAGCCAACUGUUGCUUACACUUGCUUCUGACAUAACCGUGUUCACUAGCAACCUCAAACAGACACUAUGGUGCAUCUGACUCCUGAGGAGAAGACUGCUGUCAGUGCCCUGUGGGGCAAAGUGAAUGUGGAUGCAGUUGGUGGUGAGGCCUUGGGCAGGUUACUGGUGGUCUACCCUUGGACCCAGAGAUUCUUUGAGUCUUUUGGGGAUCUGUCCUCUCCUGCUGCUGUUAUGGGCAACCCUAAGGUGAAGGCUCAUGGCAAGAAGGUGCUAGGUGCCUUUAGUGAUGGCCUGGCUCACCUGGACAACCUCAAGGGCACUUUUUCCCAGCUGAGUGAGCUGCACUGUGACAAGCUGCACGUGGAUCCUGAGAACUUCAGGCUCCUGGGCAACGUGCUGGUGUGUGUGCUGGCCCACAACUUUGGCAAGGAAUUCACCCCACAGGUGCAGGCUGCCUAUCAGAAGGUGGUGGCUGGUGUGGCUGAUGCCCUGGCUCACAAGUACCAUUGAGGUCCUGGACUAUUUCCUGAUAAUCAUAAGAAGACCCUAUUUCCCUAGAUUCUAUUUUCUGAACUUGGGAACACAACGUCUACUUCAAGGGUAUGGCUUCACCUAAUAAAGAACGUUCAGCUCAA